AUGAAACGGUCCUGCUUCCAAUUGGACACUCGGGAGAUGAAGCCCCGGAAGGAGAGGACGGCCUUCACCAAGCACCAGAUCCGAGAGCUGGAGAACGAAUUCACCGUCUCCAACUACCUCACGCGGCUCCGUCGAUACGAGAUCGCCAUCGCCCUCGACCUCACCGAAAGACAGGUGAAGGUGUGGUUCCAGAACCGUCGAAUGAAGUGGAAGAGAACCAAAGGCAACGGAGGGAAUCGAAAGUCCCGAUCGGAGAAGCAAGUCUCGGAUUGA